AUGGAAGCUGGUCCAAUAUCACGUGGAAAGGCUGGGACGACCUCCUUUGAAUUUCCAAGCAAAUUGGAAUUCUCUAAGAAACGAAUUGCUUCAGGGUAUCAGAUUGAAAUUUGGACAGUUGCAGCAUCUGACGAACUUAAUAUAUUAUUCGGGAAAAAAACAUGUUAA